CCGAACACUUACAUCGCCAAAAGGAAUUCAGCUGGCAGCCACUGCUUAAACAUUGCCACAUGUUCCCGAAAACUCCAGCCUUGUGGGAGCAGGUGAGGUAUGUUUCGCUGACGUCCCUCCCCAUAAUCUCGAAUUUUCUGUCUCUUGAUUGAAGGAGGAUUCUCCUGCCCGCACUCGGAGAUCGAUAAGUGCACCGACUGCCAUGUCCAUAGAUGUGUCGCCCCAAUUCCCAUCUCAAAGCACUGUCUUGAUCCCGAAAAAUUGAACCUGAGGCUGCACUCACCGAGCAAAGGGAACUGAAAUUCCAGUGUCUUAACCGAAAUCCUUUAGAUACCGUGUGCAUAGAUUCAAAUCUUGAUAAAAACUAGUGUCGCUUUCUGGACGACUUUGGCAGCUUCUGAUUUUUUUGAGCUUGCAACAAUGGCAGAACACAUCUCCGUACAAGAGCAUCUCGACAACGAGUCUCUUGAACAUGAUGCAUUACCUCGAAUCAUCGACCUUUACGGUCGACAACGAGAUCCUUUCACUGGAAAUGCCAUGGAGGAAGGCCAAGAAGGACCCAACUCCAUAUUCUACGUCCCCGGAAUGCGUUCCGAAACAGACCAAGACUUUCAAAUAUUUAUCGGGGCAGAUAAAUCAAUUUCCUGGACUGAAAACAUGCAGCGGCUUCGAUAUGCUGGAUUCCGAGGAACCAGUAUAACGAUGAGCGUCACACCACGGCCACAAGAUCGUGAUCGCAUCCCUUCGCCACCUCCCGAUUUCGCAAGAUCUAGGGACACGAACAAUCGUGUGGUGGAAUCUUACGCCAGUUUCUGGCGUACGAAGUGCAAUUAUUGUUGGGCUGUGAUUUCGCAUCGGGAGAGGGAAAUGGGAUUCAGGCUGUCGGAGAUCACGAGUGCUGCGGAUAAGGGCUGUGACACCUGCAAUGUACUGCACAGAAGUAUUAGACACUUUGCAGAUAUGAUCUUUCCCAGCUAUGACAGCACCAAAGUUCGAGUUCGACAAAGUCCAGAGGAGGAAGUGCGUCUUUUGUCAGAUACUAAGUCUGUCCGGGUCUCGUUUGAUGAACAUGGCGGGGAAGAUUUCCACUUGAUCUUUGCAGAAGAAGGUAGGCAAGCUCCAGCUCCAGUGUGGCCAAAGAAACAAGAACAGAAAGCGGAGAAUCGAAUCAUGGACACAGCAUCCUAUGCAGCAAUACCGAAGAUCCAGAAAUGGAUAAAAACUUGUUCGGAAGAACACAAAGACUGUCUUGUCCCUCUCGAGUCCCAACUUCCAAAACGGGUACUCGAGAUAUCUAAUCGUAGAGCGAAACUUAUCGUGACUAACGGGAAAGUUGCGCCCUAUGUCGCGCUGAGCCACUGCUGGGGCCCAAAACCACUCAUCAGACUGCUCGACUCCAAUAUCGAAGAAAUGCAGAAGAACGUGCCUUGGAACAAGCUAUCCAAAACCUUUCAGGAUUCCAUAACGAUAGCUUGGAAGCUCGGUUUCCGGUACAUUUGGAUAGAUGCACUGUGCAUUCUUCAGGACAGUCGCAAUGACUGGGAGUACCAUGCAUCCAAAAUGGCUCAGGUCUUCGCUGAAGCGCAACUUACCAUAUCAGCGUCAAAAAGCGCAGAUGGAUCUGGCGGCUGCUUCUCGUCUCGAGAACAGGAUCCUUGGACUUUGCACUCUUCUGGUCGUCAAGUGUGGAAUCCUAUGUUGUGGCAGCCAUUCCAUCAAGAAGGCCGUGAUCGGGAAGGAUGCAUCAAAAAGUUCAGUGCAAGGCUCAAGAUCCCACAUGGGUUACACCAGAAUCGUCAGCCCAAAGAACCAUUGUUGAGAAGAGCUUGGGUAUUUCAGGAGCAAAUACUGAGCUCUCGGAACGUCCACUUUGCCUCCGGAGAGCUGUACUUUGAGUGUAAGUCAUUCGUGGCCUGCGAGUGCAGCGGUUGGUCAGCACGCUCCCUUUCAUACCAAUGGGAGACACGUUGGCGCAAAUCUCAUGCGGUCUUGUUGGGGAAGCAUAGUCUCAGCAUACCUGAAGAAGCGCUUCGCAAAAGACGAAAGGAUCUUCCAAAACCGAAUCCUAUUCCAAGAAAGGCGGCUGAGUUUGAAGCUUACCGCGCCUUGAUUGAGGCAUACACAUGUCUUGAAAUCACCAACCCACACGACCGCCUGCCCGCGCUCUCUGGUAUCACCUCAGGUCGGAAAGACAUCUACCUCGCCGGCCUAUGGAAGUCGAUCCUGCUCGAAAGUCUACAUUGGUAUCCACUUUCCCGGUCAUAUUCUUCCUCGGGUCGGAUCAUGGCGUACCGUCCAAACGGCUACCGUGCGCCGACAUGGUCAUGGGCAUCUAUCGAAUCACCGAUCCGUUUCGAGGAGACGAACUUCCACUGGCGGAACUUCACAACACGACCGAUUGCGCAGAUACUGGAAGUGCAGACCGUGCCGGAGGGUUUAGAUCCACGAGGGCGAGUCAAAGAUGGGGUGCUGAAAAUGCAAUCACCAAUGACUGAAGCUACUGUUCACAAGAUUGGGAUACGAAGUCGCAUUGGCCCGGACUCGGUGAAUUUACUGAAUAUCUAUCUAGAGACUGACGCAUCAGCAUUGGAUCCUAGCUUGAUAGUGAGGCAAGAUGAUAGGGAGACAGCAACCUAUGCCAUAUUGAAGGUUUAUGGAAUUGCUGGGGCAGGUGAUGGUGAGUCUGGGAAAAAGGAGGUGCCCGGCAUUUUUGAACUGGAGUGUCUAUUGGACUUGCCCCUGUGCUGUGCGAGACUCCCUCCAGCUGAGGUCGUAGUGGGAGAAGAGGUCGUAUUGCUGGUUAUUUCUUCAGUUACCUGCUGGGUCUUGAAAAAGCUGCGUACAAGACCUGGAUACUACAAGCGCGUGGGUGUGUUCAAGGUAAAGGACAGGAUAUUUUUCAGGGCGGCAUAUGACCCUGUCUGUAUCAUUUAAGUGGUCGACUUGAUAAACAUCACAUUUUAUUUGUGACUUAGGUUCAAACUAUGGUCAAAGAAUGUUGAAUACUGAGUAACUGCUUGAACAUGUACUGUCGAUGAAACAAUCCUAGGCGAUCAAAUACAGCUCAUGAAAACUGUGCGGUUGGUCCAUCAUAGCCCCACAAAUCAAAAUACAACUGAAGCUUGGUCAACGCUCGUGUCUCUGGAGCUACCAAAGGUCCAAUCUGCCCCAUAAUCCCCAUCAUAUCAAGACCUUCCAUACUCGGGUAAGCAGUCAUCUUCAACCACCCUUCGCGCUUCGGAAGUUCGAUCUCGACAACCACUUGUCUCCCUUGAUGGGAGAUUCCAGGAGGUAUCGGUAAAGGUAAAACCGGGGUUCGUUCUUCGAUCGCCUUUUGGAUAUCCUGAAUGUACUUCGUAAGGUCGUUUGUGUCAACUGUAUCAGGAGGAGGCUCCACAAGGAAGACUAUCUGGGUCAUAUCCACAUGCGUGGUUGAUGGAGGCUUGGGCGGCCUGGACGAUCUGUAAGUUUGCCAUGAUGCCGUGUAUUCGCCGCCGUCUAUUGGGUUAUGAAAGACAGUGUGUUUCCACUGUAAGACAAAUCGUUUGUCGUUGGCCAAAGGGAUGAUGAGGUCUUGGCUAUUCUGAACUGCGUCGCGAAUCGUUUUCCAGGUUUCUUCGCGAAUGAGUACUGUGAUCUUAGCAUUGACUCGUACAAUCUGUUUCUUUGCAGGUUGUUGAGGACUCACUUCCAUAUCCGUCUUCACACAUGAUGCUGUGAUCAUGGUCUGCUUGGGGCGCAAACAUUAAAAAGCCUAGAUUCAGAUUCUUCAUCACGCCACUGUCCCACAAUUUUGUCAAUACAUUGAACAGCAAUGAAUGAAGAUGGAAACGGAUCACCUAUUAGAUGCAUAGCCCAUGGGAUCUCUCUGGCCUCGUUUCCAAGUAAGACCGCUAUCUGCCUCUUCAAGCAUGAAAGAGUCAAGCCCAACACCCGCUGACAAGGGCAGUGAAAGGAUAUAGUCUCGGAACACCUUUCUCUUCUCGUCGUCCGCAGGAAUCGUGAGUACAAUAUCAUCCUGGAUGAGCAUUGCAUUCAAUCCAUUCAAGCGGAGAAUAGGCAUUCCAAUCCGGACGCUUCCUCCUUGAUCUGCGAGCGUCACGAUAUCCCCUCGGUCUCUGUCGAUCCAAGGCGGGUAUGGAAACCAGCGGACAGAUAGUCCAAGGUGGCCGAGGACUCGAGUAACUCCAAAUUGUUUUGCGACCGCUGUCUCUUCAUGUAUCAAUGCAAUGACGUGAUGAGCCUUGGUGGGAAGCUUGUCGUUGAGAAAUUGAAAGCAGCCACUAUUUAGAGGCAUCCCAUGAAGCAGAGAGCCAAAGCGGCUCAUCGUCUGCCAUGAACGUGUGUUCUGAUCAAUCUUGAUCUGAUCAAACUUCAAGACCGCACCUUCUUGUCCAAUCUCAAGUUCAACCAGCUCUCCGGUUUCCAGAUGGUGGCCACUUUGGGCUCUUUCAUAAAUGCUCCUCAUCCACCACAAAGGAAAUUCAGGGAAUGCCUCCUCAUUCUCGCUUUGUCGCCGAAGAAGAGUCAAGACGACUUCGGGUUGUGAUGGGGUAGCUAUGCCUUGUGAGAUGUAGGUCCAACAUGGAAGUUGAUUAGGUGGGCUUGUAAAUAGAUGGGUGUGGAUGGAGACUGUGCAUUGUGUAGUCCCAAUUCUGACAACUUUGGGCCAUGUUCCUGGCGGGGCAAGAUUUUGGAUCUCGCCUGCAACAGCUGGGCUUGGUGAUUCCAAGGAUGGUAGAGUUGACUCUUGCAUUUGCGACGGUUUUAAUUGCGUGUAUGUUUGAUGCGGAGGCCCUUCUCGUGGCAGUCCCUCGGAAUGUUGUCGGAGGGGUUCCGGUACAGGUUGCGUUGGCUGAUUCUGAUGUGGCUGCUGUUGCCCCCAAGGCUGUUUACCGGCUGCUGCACUAUGAACAGGAACGGGUGAUCUCUCUUGGUCUUGUUCGCGGCUUGAAGUGCAGCCCAUAUUGGUGGUCGUCGUGUGGGUCUUUAAAUACCGAUCAUGACGGCUUUCAUAAUUAGAACGGUCGAACG